AUGAGCGACCCUAAUGUGAGUAUAAGUGACACGAGGGAAGCGAGUGCGGCGGCGAGUCAAGCAGCGGAGCCGCUCGGCGCGCAGCAGGCGGUGAUGAUUUUCGUGAAGCGGCCGGCUCCGGGGCGCGUGAAGACGCGCCUGGCGGCCGGUGUGGGGGCGGACGCGGCGUGCGACUUCUACCGCGCGUGCUGCGAGCACGUCGUCACCAGGGUCGUGCUCUGCCCCGACCUGUACGUGACUAUAGCGAGCCGGUGCUGUGGUGUGGCAGGCAGGCACGCAUCCACGCAUGUCUUCAUCUUCUUCACUGAGCCGUCGGAUGAAGGCGAGAUCCGACGGUGGAUGCAGCAGCUGCUGCCAUCCUCCACCUCCCUCCGAUUUGUGCCUCAGGUGGUGGAUAUCGGAACCGACAUCCCUGAUGUGGAUGGGGUCACAGUGGCUGCCGCGCUCUCUGCUCUUAGAAACCACCAGGUGAGUGGAGGCGAGGGGAAGAAGGGCACCACUAUGUCAGAGGAGGUGGUGUUUGGACCAGCCCUGGAUGGCGGGUACUACCUCCUUGGGCUCACCGCGGUGCUGCCGUGCCUCUUCCAUGGCAUAGAUUGGAGCACAGACAGGGUGCUGCAGCAGUCACUCUCAGCACUCCACACCAACCGGGUGGCUGACGUGGCGCCACUGGAUUCGCUGCUGCGCCUGAGGGACAUCGACACUGUUCACGACUUGACAGCCUGGCUCGCAGAGAAACGCGCGGCAGCGGCGGGCGGCAAAGGGGCUUAUAAGGCAGACAUUACGGUGCUGAGUGGUUGUGGGCUAGUGUUGGCAGAAUGGAAGGUGAAACAGACACAGAGGGCUUGA